AUGGUUGCCCUCGACGUAGUCCACGCCUCCAAUAGCAGGCUCCGCGAGCUUGGCCCUGGCCUUGUAGCUUUAUUCGUUGGUGGAACCAGUGGCAUUGGCGAAUUUACUUUGAAAGCAUUUGUUCAAAACACCAUCUCCCCCAAAGUCUACAUCGUUGGCAGAUCAGCCCCAGCCGCGGAACGAAUCAUCGAGGAAUGCAAAGCUAUCAAUAAGGAUGGGAACGUUGAAUUCUUGCAGGCAAAUGUGACGGAAUUAUCAGAGGUAGAUAGGGUGUGCAAGGAGAUUGAGAAGAAGGAGUCUAAGAUCAAUUUGAUUGUUCAGACGCAAGGAAACUUGACCUUAGCUGGUAGACUGGAGUCACCGGAAGGUAUUGAUCGUAAGUUCACCCUAAACUUCUACUCGCGCAUGCGCUUCAUCGAAAACCUCCGGCCCCUCCUCAGAACUGCAACGAUAACAGCUCCUCACUUCUCCCGAACCCUAAGCGUCCUCAGCGCAGGCCAUGGCGAAGGGAAGCUCGACUUCGAUGACCUAGAGCUAAAGAAUAACUACUCUGGUGUUCGCUGUGCCACCCACACGAUAACCAUGAACAGCAUCAUGAUCGAGGAAUUCGCAGGCCGGGAUCCAGGCACCACAUUCGCCCACUCCUACCCCUCGGGCGUCAACACAGGCAUUACGAGAGAAUUACCUGUUUGGGCACGCGCUGGCUUCGCCCUUUUCAAGCCGUUGUUAUUGCCGUUUCUGGUCAGCGUUGAAGAGACGGGCGCGCGACAGCUUUUUAUUGCUACGAGUGGUAUAUAUGCACCUCUGAAGCCUGCUGGGCUUUUGGCAAGUGGUGUUCCAGCACCAAAGGGUAUGGAGAUUAUGGACGGUGUAGAUGGGAAGGUGGGAAGUGGGGCAUAUAUCGUAAAUUGGAAUGAUGAUAUUGCAACUAGCAAGAUAUUAAAGGAAUAUCGUGAGAAGGGGGUUGGGAAGACCGUGUGGGAACAUACCAUGGGGAUAUUUGAGAGGGUUGAGAAGGUCAAUAAGCUAAGGGCUGAGGCUUAUUCAAAGUGA